CCGUCGGACCCAGCGUCGGGCCCGGCGCGCCUGCGCGGGAUUCUUCGGUCAAGCGUCGGGCCCGGCGCGCCUGCGCAGAAGCGUUUGGUCAAGCUUCGGGCCUGGGCGAAGGAGAGGCGGAGCAGCAGAGCCUUGGACCCCCCCCCCCCCGAGAUGGCAGAGGUGGAAGAAACCCUGAAGCGGAUCCAGAGCCAAAAGGGCGUGCAGGGCAUCAUUGUCGUCAAUGCGGAAGGCAUCCCCAUCAAAAGCACCAUGGACAACACCACCACCGUGCAGUACGCGGGUCUGAUGCACAACUUCAUCAUGAAGGCCCGGGGGACCGUCCGGGACAUCGACCCGCAGAACGAUCUCACGUUCCUGCGGAUCCGUUCCAAAAAGAACGAGAUCAUGGUCGCCCCAGACAAAGACUACUUCCUGAUCGUCAUCCAGAACCCAACGGAAUAAAGUAGUCACCGGGCCUCCUUUCUCCUUAACUUAAUAGCAUUCCCGGAGCUCUGUCGUCUGCCGUCGUCCCGGGCCCCCGAGAGGCGAGGCGGAAACCACGCAGCUCGCCGACCGGGUGGCCGAGGCCCGGGUCGGCGGCAUCCGGCCGGGCCUCCGGGCGGCCGCGCGGGGACCCGGCUCGACCCGCUCCGUGGGGCCGACCUUUCUCCUGACCAUGGUGAACCCCUUCUCCCUCCUCCUCCUCCUCCUCCAAGCGGAAAUAGGAAACGCUUGCUUGCCACUUA